AUGUUCGUUCGACCUGACAGUCCCAUCGAGCUUCCAAACGGACAACUAGUCUGUGGUGCCCAUCAUCUUGUCAUCUGUCCUUACUGCACUGUGGAUUACAGCUUCAUCGAGAUUGAGGAGGACGAGCCAGGACAGCAUGAUUCGGACGAGGACGAUACCAAUGACCAUUACCCAUUCUCCGUGGCCGGCGUGGCGGCUCUGCGUCGUAACAGCGCUGGUGGGUUUACAGACAUGUCCAUAGGAAAUGAGACACGUGUUGGCACUGGCAAAGUCAUCCCAACCAAAUUUCCCGUGCCCAGGGGAUGCGACUCUCCUCAUGCUCUCUUCCGUCCAGGCAUCACUCCCGAAGCAUCACCGCCCACAAUCCGCUUUAUCAAUCCCAGCAAACCGUCUGAAUUCCUUAUCUUCACCGACGGAGCCUGUUUAAACAAUGGCGCUGCUCAUCCAAGAGGAGGCUGUGCUUUUGUAUUUAAGCCCUCUACUGCUGACAGACCUGGCUAUUUAUCGUUUCAACUUGAGGAGAAAGGGCCGACAGGUGAGUCCCAUAAGCACACUAGCAACCGUGCUGAGCUUCGGGCCGUCAUUGGAGCAUCCAGAUUCCGCAGGUGGGAUGGAGAAGGGUGCAAGAGCCUGGUCUUUGCAACGGAUUCAGAGUACGUUGUUGAAGGUGCGACCAACUGGAUUCAAGGCUGGAUGCGCAGAGGGUGGAAGACGAGCACUGGCGAACCCGUCAAGAACAAAGACCUGUGGCAGUGCCUGCUUGGAGAGUGUGAAAGAUGGGCUGACAAUGGCGUAAAGAUCAGCUUCUGGCGCAUUCCACGGGAAUUGAACAAGGAGGCUGACCGCUGGGCUAAAGAUGCUGCCGCUAAGGAGGAGCAGCGUGCCGUAUUCCGGGAUAUCUCUGGUAUCUUGGUGUAA